CAUCUGCCAGCUCUCAUCCGUCGGAGAGAAGCGCCCAACAGCAGAACCUUCUCCGCCCAGCCCGCCCGCCAGCCACUAUGCUCGGGAGCAAGCGACUGGGGCUGUCGGGACUGACCCUCGUCCUGUCCCUACUCGUGUGCCUGGGCGCUCUGGCUGAGGCAUACCCCUCCAAACCGGACAACCCGGGGGAGGAUGCGCCGGCAGAGGACAUGGCCAGAUACUACUCGGCACUGCGACACUACAUCAACCUCAUCACCAGGCAGAGAUAUGGGAAGCGAUCCAGCCCUGAGACACUGAUUUCAGACCUCCUGAUGAGAGAAAGCACAGAAAAUGCUCCCAGAGCCAGGCUCGAAGACCCUUCUAUGUGGUGAUUGGAAACACAAUGUAUUCUCCGGUCUUUUCCUGUUUUCGACCCAUGCUUCAUCCUGUCACCAUCCAACCAAUGCAUGCCACUGUUGCUCUGAGUUCUGUGAUAUUUUCCAUUGUUACCAUUGUUGUAUAUGUGUGUUUCAAUAAAGUCCCAUGCAUUCAAAA